CUCUGUUCGGUUCGGAGACGCAGUGACGGACAUCCCGGAGUCGAGCGCACCUAACGCAUGAAGAUAAUGUUUGAGUAAGUUUGAGAACCCAUUCACUCAAGGUGAAAUGUGCAUUGCGCAGUUGUUGUCUUGACGCACUCAUGCCUUAAAGAAUGAGAGUCUUGAGGGAGGAGGACUGUUGAAACGAUGCCACGCGGAGAUGGAGAAUGGAGGACCCGCAAAAGUGCGUGACAGGCAGGUCAGGGUCGGUUUGAAGACAUCAUAAAACGAGGCGAAACGCACAUCACCACCUGAAGCCAUGGGGAUACGACAUCUCCUGCUUCUGUUGGUCUAUCUAGACCCGUUGAGCGUCCUGAGCGCAUCCACGACCAAGAGGAGCAAACCCCCUGCAAAGAGACCCCCGAAAUUGAAGGAGGUCAACAGCACCGCUGCUCCAACGGUGGCUCCCCGACGGACCACGCAAGUCCAGGCGCCCAUCAUCGGUGAUCACGACAUCUGUCUAGGGUACUACGACGUAAGCGGACAGUUCGACAAAGAGUUCGCCUGCAACAACACCGACCACAGGUACUGUUGCGGGAGCUGCUUCCUUCGCUUCUGCUGCCCCGUGAAAGCCAAGCGAGUGGAUCAGAGAGUCUGCACCAACUACAACACGCCCGACUGGAUCAAAACACAGCCGCCCUCACCGGCACCCACAGGGGACACGUAUGACCCCGCGCUGGACCAGACCAACACCACCGUCUACAUCACCUGCGGGGUCAUCACGCUCAUUAUUAUCCUGGGGAUUUCUGCCAAAGUGGCCUAUGAUAAAGCCACCAGACCGCCUCAAGAGAUGAACGUCCACAGAGCGCUGGCGGACAUAUUGAGACAGCAGGGGUCCGUUCCGGUGUACGAGCAUGAAAACGUCGUUGCUAUAGACGCCUCGUCCAAAGAGAACACCCCAGUACGGACGUCCAAGAACCACUACACACCUGUGCACAACAAAAUCAACCAUGGGCAUUAUGGGAAAGAAAACUUCCGCAGUGGUCAAGACAUGCACAACUUCAUCUCCUCUGGCUUCGUGACCCUCGGCAGGAGUCACCUGAAAGCGCAGCACUCUGUGGACGAUCUCGGGCAGCUGUCGUGGCAGGGCGAGCUGGACGUUCCUCUGUCCUACAAUAACCAUCCACACGACUACACCAGCCAUCUUGAUCUCACUGGGUCACACACUCCUAAAAUCGGACACAGAAUAGAGCACUAUGAGAAGCCGAGAAUGAACAACAUCCUGACGUCCCAGACGGAGCCGUACGAGCUGUCGUUCUCCCGCUCCUUCCAGAACCUCACUCACCUCCCGCCGUCCUACGAGAUGGCCCUGAAAGCAGACCUGGGUGACAAAGACGAGGAGUAUUACAUGAGGAAGCACCAUUUAUCCGACAUGACGCCUCGCGGGGGAAACCUGCAGACGCACAUGAUAAAGCUGAACGUGGAUCCGCCCGCGCAGCGCCAGAAGCCCAAGCGCGUCCAGCGAGCCAUGUCUCAAGAUCAUGUCCUCUCACCCAAACGUGUCCAGCGCGCCAUGUCCCAGGACCACGUGCUCUCGCCCGCCCGCUCCAAGCACCGGGACUACGGGCUGUCCUCGUACACGGGGGGCGCCGGCGGUCUGUCUCCGUACCACGGACGAAUCCUCUCCGACGAGCAGCUGCUGUCGGCCGACCGACUGCUCUCCCAGGAUCCGCUGCUCUCCCCGGAUAAGAUGCUCUCCUUGCGGCGCUCCAACUUCCGGGAGAAGGCCAUGUCGCGGGCGCUUUCCCAGACUGACAUGUUCAUCCCGACAACGCCGGUCAUGGACCGGCACUACAAAAUGAUGAAGAUGCAUUCGCACCCCAGCAGCGGCAACAACGAGUCCUACAACACACUGACUGUUAACAGCGCGCAGGUGGGAAACAAACGGCAGGCGUUCGCCAACCGACGGAUGCACACGGUCGACCACCUGCAGUAUAUACCUGGACACCACCAUCAUCAGUACAGAACCGCGAGUAAGACCGAAGUAACUGUCUGAGAGAGACGGGAGAAGACCGGAGAGCGAAUGAUGUCAACAAACAAUCCGGCUCGGGAAACGUGUGGCGUCCCACGUGGACAGGUUUCUUUUUUUUAGGCAUACAACCUUGACCUGUUCCCGCUUCCAGCGCAAGCUUUCCACUCCAUCAGUUCUGGGUCAGCUGGGAUAGGAUCCACACUUUCCGGAGCGACCCGGAUCUCCUCGCACGUAGAGAAAACGCAAGGGCUUCGCGCGUGGACGCCGGACUAGAAACAGAGGCCUGAAACUAUUUUUUUUUUUUUUCAGAAUUAGUACUGAACUGUUGCGAACCUCCACUGACUUUAUAUACAUUCAGUAUCAAAAAACCUACGCUACCGGUCAAACGCUUGAAAUAAUUACGAUUUUUUUAUGGUUUUGAAAGGAGUCUCUUCUGCCCACCAAGGCACACCAAAUCACCAUAUUAGAGUGAUU